AUGACGCCGCCAGAUGCGCUCGCGCUUCCGCACGUCGUCGAGGCGAUUGCUACGGGUUUGGGCAACCAGGACGACCUUGAGAGCUUCCUCCGAGCGGUGCCACGAUCGCUCUGGACGCCGGCGCUCACGGCCUUUCUCGACUGCAACACGGCAGCGCCGCAUUCGGUCUGCGCCAACUGGCCGCGCAUCGAGCUACGCGACAUGGACUUGUCGCCUGAGGUCUUGGCGCUGCUCGCGGCGACGCUGCCGCUGCGUCCACGUAUUCAACUCCGGUGUCCGAUCCUGGACGCAGAGCAACUGGCCUCGCUCGUCGCCGCCGUCGGACCUGCGCUCAAUAGCCAUGCGGUCAGCAGCCUCCUCUUGCAGCGCUGCCCGCAUCUGCGCCGUGUAGUCAUCUACGUGGUGUUCAUCCUGCCGACCGGGAGUAUUGAGCUCAACGAUCUGCUUGCAGUCGUCGCCCACCGGCAUGUCAAAAAAAUGAUUAUCACCCUGCCGCGCGCGCCGCCGCGACUCGGGUAUCUUUUGGCAGCGUGGCUCUCGACGGCGCCAGCGACGAAGCUCAGAUUGUCCCAUGUCGCCCAGAUGGACCACGAUGCUGUCAUCGCGUUCUGCGAUGCACUGCAAGCCAACACGACGCUGACAAAGCUCGCCAUGUACAACGCACCUGCCCUCGGCGGCUUCCAUGGUCGCACGCUCCCAGUGUCGUUGAAGAGCUUGGAUUGGCAUGCUCGCCCCAACACCGUCGUCGACGAUGCAACGCUGACGGACCUUGCGACUGCCGUCGGGCCCACGCAGCUGGAGCGUCUCAUUUGCAGCGUCUUUGGCCAGUUGGCGGCAUGCCCGGCGGCGGCGCCGAUGCUCGCGCAACUCCAGUGGCUCACGGUCUCCGGUCCCAGCGCUGACAUCUCUUCAUUUUUUUAUUGCGACCUCUCGUUGUCGACGGAGCUGCUCAUGGAGACGCUUGCGACGACGUGUGUGCAUAUUGCCACACUUCACAUCUACGCUCCGCAUGCGACUCGCGACGGGGCCUCCGCUGUUUUCGCUGGUACGGUGCAAUCGCGGCACUUGACGUCGCUGCGCGUGUCGAUGGACCUCUUCGACGUGCUCGACGUGCUUAUGGAGCUUGUUGCCGCGGGCCGCCACCUUCGGACGCUCCACUUAAAGAUCACCUUCCCCAACGAAGAGACCGCUUUGUUGCUUGAAGCCAAUGAAGCCAAGCGCGUGCUCUGUCGGGCGCUGGCACUGACCCAGAACGUUCCGUUUGUUGUGGACGCGCUGCCAGAAGAUACCGAUGCGUUCGUGGUCGACGCCCUUGGUCCACGCGCCGAUCGUGGUAGUCGCUGUCGUUUGAUUUUCACGUAA